CGUACAAGAUUAGGCACCAUGCAAGAUCGCCUUCACGUGUGCCAUUUUAAAGCCUGUUAUUUUAAAGAAAAGCGUUCUUCAUUUUAUUUUUGUAACUCUGUUUACCUCUCAAAACAAAAGUUAACCUCUUAUGCUCUGGUACCUUCAGUGAUUUUAUUUUUUUUUGAAAUGCUCUCGCUGUGUAGCCACUCUAGUGUACCAAUGAUGCCUUCGUUCAGCAAACGCAUUCUCAAUUGUGAAUUGUUAUCUGUGCGGUUCUCCCGCCAGGACUAAAUCGUUUAUACCUGUCAUGUUAAUUUUCCUGCUGAUCUUCUCCACCAUGCACGAUGGCUGAUGGCGAGAACAGCAGUUCCUCCGCGUCGGAAGAGUAUUGCGGAGCUGACGGUGAUCACGGGAGUUUUGCUACUCCCUCCCCCAGUAAACGGCCUCCGUCCAGUGUUCCCCACUCCAAUCGCAGCUCUGCGUCACCUGCCCGUCGUCCUUGGGAGGUGCAGCAGCAGCGCGAGGAGGCUCUCGUGGAUGAUGUGCAUCGGCGGAUGGACGGGAAGCCGUCCGUGCGUCGUGGCAGUAAGGGCAUAACCAAAGACACCUAUGCGAAGAGCACCAAACAGUGCGUGCGCAAUAUCCGCAAGCAAAGUCGCCUGGGUAUGCUCAGCGGCACAAACUCCAAGAUGACGUCGCCCGAGCAUGACGGCCCGGAGAAUCCCUUCCAGUUUCCGCACAGUGUCUCCAGUAUGGCCGUGGGGACGCCGGGCAGUGCCGCGAAACCCGUGACGACGCAUCUGUCGCAUCGGAAUAAGCGCACUAAAAAACGCAACAAGGAUCGCUCCUACGAUCGCGAUUUGAAGUUAUUGGGUGCUGAUUACGAUCACGGCGGCCGCGUGACGCUCAGCCAGUCUAAUGGCCCGCUGCUGGAAGUGGAAACCAGCAGUCAGUUUAUGAGUUUGGCGUCGCGCCGUGUGGAUAAGGAGAAAGAAAACAACGAAAAAGAGGAGCGCAGCGUGGGAUUCCGGCGUCACAGUCUGUCGCGGUCAGCGUCCAGGUGGCCCAAUUGUCCGCGUGAGCGCAUUAGGUUUUAUGAACAUUUCGCCGUACUGAUCGAGCUGGGCUCGAAAGCUAAACGGAAACGGGAGGAGCAGCUGCGGAAAGGCGCCACCCCGCAGGCGCCGGAGGCCUUCCGCAAUGAACUGAAAGAUGUACUGUGGUUGGAGCUGCAGGCCUGGAUGCACAACCUGGAUCUGCAUCACCAGGAUACCCGGCUAAUGCAGGAGCGCGAAAAGAUUGACGGGAUACUGCGCGGUAUCCAGGUCUUUCGUAUCGAUGAUCCCGAUCUGGCGUCGCCGUGUUUCAUCGGUGGACAUGAUUUGGAUACCAAGUACAUUUGGAAGCUGCAUAUGGCUUUCAAGCAGGUGCACACCGUCCACAAGCAGCUGGAGGAUGUGGAGCAUCUGUAUCCCUGCACCAAAAAUAUCGGGCUUUCGCAUCCUGUCUACGAAAAUCGCCAGUUUCAGGAUAAAGUGCGAGCGCUGAAUAUGUGGUCCAAUUUCUACAUGCAGCUCAGCUAUCGGCUGCAAUCGGUUGCCGGCAUCGUUUGUGGACGGAAGAACAAUGAUGCGUUUCCGAAACUGUUCACAAGCACCGGAGAUUGCAUUCCUGAAGUGGAAGAGUGCAGUGGGGAUGUCCUUGAUGGACUGGGACCAUUUGGAGAUGGAGAAGGGAGUCGAUCGGGGCUGUCGUCGCGGUGCAGCAGCUAUUACGAUAUGCGGGAUUUGGACCAGGACGAUGUGGAGGCCAAUGCCAAGUCGAUGAAGAUCGCUCUGCGUGCAUUCCUGGAAAAAGGAAUGCGGAAAAGAGGUCUGGAGAAGACCAUCAGUCAGAUAAAAAAUCUGAUAUUUCCGACGCUGCGGCAUAUACUGAAGAACUUAGAACAGCCUGUAACCAGCGCAGUGACAUUUCAGCGUCAGUCAUCUGCUCCAGAAGGACGUACUGAAAUUGACGUGGUCAAACUCUGGUGCGAUUUGCACAAAGAGUCCAAUCUCCCUUGCCUGGAUCGUGUAUUCAUCCAUCUGCUCCGAUUACCGAUACGCACACUGCGAGAAGGUAUUGCGCUGCGCCUUGAACAGCGCCCGGAAGGCGAUCCCGAUGUGGCCAGUUUGAAUCAGCUUAUUCACGAGUGCAAAGACACCCUGAUCCUGGCCAUUUCCAUCCGGAAAGACUACAUUGAGCUGGGCAGCACCAUCCGCCACCACGAAGUCCUGCACGAUGAUAUCCGUCAGUUGGAUGAACUGAUGAAGAAACUCCUCGAGCUGUACUUGGAAUAUUUACAGCAGUGGAUCCUAACCCUGCAGAAGGAGAUCCGUGCCAGCCGUUUGCAGAAGACCGUGUUGGAGGAUGAGUGGCAGAAUAUGACGCAGCUGUGCGGUGGGAUUGACGAUGCCGAACUGGAGCUUCCACAAAAGUUCUGUGCCAUCGUGCAGGGCUUGUUGAGCGGGAUUGGGACGCUGCUGGAUUCCGGGUUGGAUGAUUUUAUCUCGUCGUUGUAUCAGGCUGAAGAGGGACUGGGUUUAUCGCCGACCAAAGAUAUGUUCCGACAGUUCUUCCGUGAUUGCAAGAUUGUGUUUAUUGAAGCGAAAGAACGGUGUUUCAAAUUGUUGGAGUUUACGAAGCUGUUGCACAAAGACUUGGAGAUUGCGGCCAUCUACGAGAUGAUGGUCAGUAUGCCCACAUUCCUGUCGAUGCUGGUGGAGACCAAUCAUUACUAUGUGGAUUUGGCGGCAGCGGACACUGACCAGAAUGGGCUGAAAUAUCGAUUUUUCGUGUCGCAGAAUAUCGGUAAUAACGGCAUGCAGGUGGCACGCCUGCUGAAUGCGACGCUAGGUGGACGGGAGACAGAAAACGAUAUGGAAGGAUACCUGUUGAUUGUACCGGCAACGAACGACAAGUGGACUGGAAGGGUGGUGAAGAGCAAUAUUGGCGCGCUGACAGCGAUACGGCACAGUCAUAUUGAUUUUGAUGCCGGCAAUGUCAUGUUAGUGGCGUUGAAAAACGGAGUGCUUGCACUGCAGUCGAAGCAGUUUGAGAAGCGCUUACCGAAGGAUUAUGUGAAGCCGUCCAUUCCGCAGACAACCUGCCAUCAGAUUAUUUCUCAAGCAUUGGAAGAUAUUAAGGAGGAAUCGCUUGAACUGGGCAAAAAGAUUUGCUCUGUUAUAUUGAGAUUCCAGGAGGAAAUUAGGAUGAACCAGUUUCCGGAAAUUACCGAACAGGAUCGAUCCUUCUUCACGAAAUCUUUCCGCGAUUUAUUGCACAUGAGCUAUAAUUUCUCCAUGGAAUAUCAUCGGGAGCUGGCUCGGUUGAAUUUCAGUGAUGAAGAAGCCUUAGCUACGCAACUGUUUGAUUUAGCGCGGCAGUGGAUGGAUUUUGUGGUGGACAAAUGCGAACGAGGUCAUGGCACGCGGCCGCGCUGGAGCACGCCGGGUCUGGAUUACCUGACGGUAGCUGUCCGUCCAAACUACACCAAAUACAUGACCGAGGAGUUAUUCCAGAGUUUUAAAACGCAGAUCGACACCUGUGUGACUCACGUGAUCGGCGAUCCUCCCCAACCCGGUCAGAACAAGACACCGGUAGAGAGUCCCACCACCUUUUACCUCAGUCCACCACAGAGCAGUAUUGCGUUGGCUCCGCACCGUUCUUCUCUGUCCUUGUCCGAGGGCUCGUCGGUCGUUCUCGGCAGCUACAUCUCGCGGCUGUCGUCGAAGAGCGACACGGCGUAUGAAUCGUCCGAGGAAGAUGAUUCGGAGAUGCAUGAACUGCAUCACCGCGUCGAAGAUGCCGUUGACAAAUUGGACAAGAAGAGGAACGAUUACCUGAUGAAGCACAAGUUGGUGGGCAUGGUUGUCCCCACGGAAAGCACUAAAAACAUUAAUCAUUUGAAAUCUCGAAAAGUGGAUUUCCGCUGGCGAUUGUGCAACAAACUUGGAUCUGGCCGACAUGCAGAUGUCUACAAAGUGAUGAAUCUCGACACGGGAGGACUGCUGGCGGUGAAGAAAUUCUCCGUCAACCAGAGCAACAAGUCCUCAUGGAUCAACAAGCUGGCCACGGAGAUUGAGUGGCUAGCUGGCCUGAAGCAUCCCAAUGUUGUGCAGUAUUUUGGAGUAGAAAUCCAUCGCGAGGAGCUUCUUCUCUUCAUGGAAUAUUGCGAUGGGGGAACCUUGAGCGAUGUUGCACGGCAGGGCCUGGACAUUAUCAUGGUGCGCGUGUACGCCAAGCAGCUGCUGAUGGGCAUUCACUACCUCCACGACAACGCCAUUUGUCACUUGGACAUCAAGGGACAGAACGUCUUCCUGACCUCCGAGGGCUGCGUGAAGUUGGGCGACUUCAGUGAGAUGGUUAAGCUGGAAUCUGGAGAUACACGAUCGCGCGAUGUCCAGAACAACACCGGCACACCGCGUUUCAUGUCGCCCGAGAUGAUCCGCGGGGACGACAGCAACGGGAUUGGACGCGCUACGGAUAUUUGGUCUUACGGGUGUGUGGUGGUGGAGAUGAUCACUGGGAAGACGCCCAAGUUCGACAAGAUUGCUGAUGAUAAUGAGUAUGCGAUUAUGUUUCACGUUGGGGCGGGAGGCCGUCCCAAGAUUCCAGACACGUUGAGUCCGGAUGGUAAGGAUUUCCUGGACCAUUGCUUCGAAAAGAACCCCGAUGAUCGCUGGCGCGCUGAUCGUCUGCUGAAGCAUCCCUUUGUAACGAUUGAUAUUGGAGGGGAUUUGUGAAAAUCGUGAUAUAUCGGUUUUUUGUUGAUACUGGAAUGCUGAAUUUGUUGGAAGAUCUCUGCGAUUGAUCGAAAUGAACGAAUUAUGAAAUUGCCUGACAGAAAAUUUUGUUGGAUACUAAUUUAUUGUUUUCGGAUGUGAUGCUGAGAGAAUUGAUUUGCGGCUAUGCUUUCCUUGCUUGUUGGCGAAAGUAUUGGCCGUGUUGUGGUUUUAUCUAUUUUUUAUCCAGUGUAAGAUGUUUUCUCUGUAUUAUGUCAUAGUUUUUCGCUGCUAUGUUUUUGUCCCGGUGGCGGCUUAUCGGCUUCUUUGUAGGCCUGUUUUCUGCAUUUUAUCCGUACUGGUUCUGCCACAUGAUGUCUUUUCAUUAUUGCUUUUUUUGAGUUCCAUGCAGAAAAUUUAUCAUGUUCUCAAAAUAGUUGUAUCGACGAAAUGAUGUUAGAAUUUACGAAAGCGAAAAAAAAUAAUAAAAAAAUC